AUGAAAUUUCCUCAAAACUGUCAACGAAGCACGCGACGCGCACGAAGACUUCGACGGGAAGCUCCGAUGCCGAACUAUACGCCGAGCGACUGCAGUAACUUUGCCAGAGCUUUAUACAUAUGGGCUGCGUACGCGUCGCGCGGCUCAUACACGAUAUACGUACAUCUUAUAGCUAUAUAUGCCAUAAGACCAGAUCUCAGCUGCGUUGGGCGACCCCACGCAAACGUCACUCUGACUGCUUACUAUCCCGACUUCAUGAGCGAAGAUGAAUCUGACUACUUAGAUUCAAGAGGGAAAAAGUUACGAACGCUGCAAGAAUUCUUGGACGGAAGAGCAUCGUUUGUUACGGUUGCGAUGGAUGAAGUGUUUCGAUUAAAAUAUGGCUCGGUAGUUUGUAUUCCAGAAUUAAAUGAGCAUUUCGGAAAAAUGAUUCCAUUACAAGUAAGAGAUCACGGGCCAAAUUUAAUAGGAAAGGGCUUCUCGAGAUUGGAUAUAUGCGUCAGAAGUGAAGCUGAUAGUUAUGAUACAGCAGUAAAUCGUAUGGUUACUCUGUAUACUACAGUAUAGGAAAUAAUAAUACAAUUCAUUUUAAAUAAAAACUUACAUUUAUUGCUUUAAAUGGUGGUGUUCCAUCAUGCACAUAUAACUUGUAAUUGACUAAUAGCCACAAGACAAUUGAUAAUUGAAA